AUGACAGAUAAGUUUGAUAUAGCUGAGAAGAAACUGGCUCAUAUCGAAAAUAGCCAUAUCGAUGAGAGCGUUGAGAAUGCGAGCAAUACUCCAAACCGCGGGCUUUCCUUGAGGAAGAAAUUCGUUGUCUCCAACGAAGAGGUCUCCAACGUCGCAUUUACAGUCACCAUGUCAGCGAAAGCCACGAAACUCGGGAAACAACAAAUUAUUCCAUUUGACACAAUCCUGUUGAACGAAGGGAAUGGUUUCACGUGUUCUAUCAGCGGUAUCUACACGUUCAUGACCGCGUUGAUCGCUGACAUACAUGAGAGCACGGUGACAGAAAUCGUCCAUAAUGGCACGCCGCUAGUCUUUGCUUACAGUGCUGGGUCGACCACCGGCCACGGCUAUGAUCAGGGUUUCAAUGCUGUGAUGGUCCGAUGUAACGCAGGUAAACGCGUCUGGGUCCAGCUUCACGGUCAUCAAGGGACAACUGUCAUCGAAGACGGAUGGUCGUCAUUUUCUGGCUUCCUCAACUGGGCAAUAUAG